AGCGUAGGCCUCACGUAAUGCGCCGCUAUCGCUAAGGCGCUAUAGUUACAGUGUUGACCCGCCCUGAUGACGUCACGGCUGGAGUUCUUUGGCGCCGAAUUUAAUUGGUGUAUAUUCGCGCACUUUUUGUUAAGUUGUUUGAGAAUCCGGCGGGACCCGGACAGCAGCACAGACAGCAAGACCCGGCCUGAGACCCUCAUACAGCCGCCACUAUGCACGUCAUCAAGAGAGAUGGGAGGCAGGAACGUGUUAUGUUUGACAAAAUCACUUCCAGAAUCCAAAAGUUAUGCUAUGGACUCAACCCAGAGUUUGUGGAUCCUGCUCAGAUUACAAUGAAAGUAAUCCAAGGUCUGUACAGUGGAGUAACAACGGUGGAGCUGGACACAUUAGCAGCUGAGACAGCAGCGACACUGACAACCAAGCACCCAGAUUAUGCAAUUUUGGCUGCUAGAAUUGCUGUGUCCAACUUGCACAAGGAAACAAAGAAAAUAUUCAGCGAUGCUAUGGAAGAUCUGUAUAACUAUGUGAAUCCACUGAAUGGCUUGCAUUCUCCUAUGAUCUCCAAGGAAACUCUGGACAUUGUUUUGGCAAAUAAAGAUCGUCUUAAUUCCACUAUAAUCUAUGACCGAGACUUCUCAUACAACUUCUUUGGUUUCAAGACCCUGGAGCGAUCCUACUUGCUAAAAAUAAAUGGCAAAGUGGCUGAGCGUCCCCAACACAUGCUGAUGCGUGUAUCAGUUGGUAUCCACAAGACUGACAUAGAGGCUGCUAUAGAAACCUAUAACUUGCUGUCUGAGAAGUGGUUCACCCAUGCCUCUCCUACACUCUUCAAUGCUGGCACAAACCGGCCUCAGCUCUCCAGCUGUUUCCUGCUCUGUAUGAAAGAUGACAGCAUUGAAGGAAUUUAUGACUCGCUAAAGCAGUGUGCUCUGAUCUCCAAAUCUGCUGGGGGUAUUGGUCUAGCAGUUAGCUGUAUUAGAGCCACCGGUAGUUACAUUGCUGGGACAAAUGGUAACUCAAAUGGUCUGGUACCAAUGCUGCGGGUGUACAACAAUACAGCUCGUUAUGUGGAUCAAGGUGGCAAUAAGCGACCUGGUGCUUUUGCCAUCUAUUUAGAGCCCUGGCAUUUUGAUAUAUUUGAUUUUCUGGAUCUGAAGAAAAACACUGGAAAGGAGGAGCAACGAGCCAGAGACCUGUUUUAUGCCUUAUGGAUUCCUGAUCUAUUUAUGAAACGUGUGGAAGCCAAUCAAGACUGGUCCCUAAUGUGCCCCCAUGAGUGCCCAGGCCUGGAAGAAGUCUGGGGAGAGAAGUUCGAGGAGCUGUAUGAAAGGUAUGAGAAAGAGGGGCGUGCUCGCAAAGUGGUUAAAGCCCAGGCAGUCUGGUACGCUAUUAUAGAGUCUCAAACAGAAACUGGAACCCCCUAUAUGCUCUACAAGGACUCCUGCAACCGUAAGAGCAACCAGCAGAACCUGGGAACCAUUAAGUGCAGUAACUUGUGCACCGAGAUUGUGGAGUACACCAGUGCCAAUGAGGUUGCUGUAUGUAAUUUGGCCUCUCUAGCCCUAAAUAUGUACGUGACUCCUGAUCGCACCUAUGAUUUCAAGAAGCUGGCAGCUGUAACCAAAGUUAUUGUGAAAAACCUGAAUAAAAUUAUUGAGGUCAACUUCUACCCAGUACCAGAGGCUGAAUACUCUAACAAGAAGCACCGUCCCAUUGGUAUUGGAGUUCAGGGCUUGGCAGAUGCCUUCAUCCUCAUGAGAUACCCCUUUGAGAGUGAGGCAGCUCAGUUACUGAACAAGCAGAUAUUUGAAACUAUUUAUUAUGCUGCAUUGGAGGCAAGCUGCGACUUGGCCAAAGAGCUUGGUCCUUAUGAGACCUAUGAAGGAUGCCCAGUUAGCAAAGGAGUACUGCAGUAUGAUAUGUGGAAUGUGACACCCACAGACCUUUGUGACUGGGCACGUUUAAAAGAGAAAAUUGCUAAAUACGGUAUUAGAAACAGCUUGUUGAUGGCACCUAUGCCCACAGCUUCCACUGCACAAAUAUUGGGUAACAAUGAGUCAAUAGAGCCCUAUACCAGCAAUAUCUACACACGCAGGGUACUAUCAGGAGAGUUUCAGAUUGUGAACCCACAUUUACUGAAAGACCUAACAGAAAGGGGCUUGUGGAAUGAAGAGAUGAAAAAUCAGAAUCAUUUCUCUCAAUGGUUCCAUUCAGCCAUAUUUGUUUUAUCAGAUUCUUGCAUGGCAGGAAGCUUUAUCAUUUUCAUUUCCUUGAGCCUUAAUCAUGGCCUGUACCACUUUAUGGUUGCAUCCGUUAUUGCUCCAGGUUUGAAAACUGGAAUGUAUUAUCUGAGGGACAAGGCCGCUGCUAACCCAAUCCAGUUCACUCUUAAUAAGGAGAAGCUAAAGGAUAAGGACUUUGGUAAAUGGCACAGCCACACAGGAGGAGAAAGAAAAGAACAAGGCUGCUAUGGUUUGUUCACUGGAGAACCGGGAUGA